UAGCAGGCUGGAUGGAGAGGGAGGGAGGCAGAGAGAGAGAGAGAGAGAGGGAGAGAGAGGGAGGGAAAGUGAGACACACACACACACACACACACACUCACUGCUCACUAUCAGCCGCAGCUCUGAGCACGCAUAAACGUGUAAUCAACGUGGUCUGCUCACUUACUUUUAUUCCAAGCACCAUACAGACGUGUAACAAAGUGGACCGCUUUUAACGCGUUUGAUUUGCUCUGAUUUUUUUUUUUGUUUGAUUCCUGAUGAUGAGCUCCAUCGGAGCUGAAAUAUUAUCCCGGGUUAGCUUAAUAAGCUUACUUAAGCUAACUACGUAGCUCUUCACGUACUUGUUUCCUUUUCAGCAUCUUGUGGACUUCCAAAACCUGAAAAAAACUCAAAAAUGAGAGCUCAAAUAGAGGUGAUUCCGUGUAAGAUCUGUGGUGAUAAGUCCUCUGGGAUCCAUUAUGGUGUCAUCACCUGUGAAGGCUGCAAGGGAUUUUUUCGACGCAGCCAGCAGAACAAUGCUAUGUACUCAUGCUCUCGGCAGAGGAACUGCCUGAUCGACCGUACUAACCGCAACCGCUGCCAGCACUGUCGUCUCCAAAAGUGCUUGGCACUAGGCAUGAGCCGAGAUGCGGUGAAGUUUGGCCGCAUGUCUAAAAAGCAGCGUGACAGCCUGUACGCAGAGGUGCAGCGGCACCAGCAGCUGGCGCGGGAGCCUGAGGAGCCGGGCGAGGACAGCGGACACAUCCGCUCGUACAGCAGCACAGGCUCCAACACCACCCUCAGUGAUCUAGACGACAUCACCACAUUGCCCGACGGUCUGCUCUUUGACCUGCCGCUCACACCAGGGGAGGCAGCUGAAUACUGUGCCCUCGAGCUGCUUGAGGGCGGGGCUAGUAGUGGAACAGGGAGUGCAGUGAGCAGCAGCUCAUCCAAUCAGAGCUCUCCAGAGCCUAGCAUGCUGGAUAUAGUGGAAGCAGGCCGGGUGAAGCACGAGUACCAGCUGCUCCCUGAGCCCAGCCUGCUCACGCACACCCUGCUGGGGGCGCUAUCAGAUGACUGCUCUCUGCUUGAUAUAGAGCGGAUCACUCAGAAUGUGGUGAAGUCACAUUUAGAGACGUGUCAGUACAGCACAGAGGAGCUGAAAAGACUCACUUGGAACGUAUAUACUCCCGAGGAGACCCGCUCCUUCCAGCUCAAGUCUGCUGAGUGGAUGUGGCAGCAGUGUGCCGUGCACAUCACCAACGCCAUCCAGUACGUGGUGGAGUUCGCCAAGCGUGUCAGCGGCUUCAUGGACCUCUGCCAGAAUGACCAGAUUAUCCUCCUUAAAGCAGGCUGCUUAGAGGUUCUGUUGAUCCGCAUGUGCCGUGCGUACAACUCCACCAACAACACAAUGCUUUUCGACGGCAAGUUUGCCAGCCCUCAGCUCUUUAAAGCACUAGGCUGUGAUGACCUGGUGAAUGCCAUCUUUGAGUUGGCCAAGGGUCUGUGUCGCCUGCAGCUGAGCGAGGAAGAGAUGGCCCUAUUCAGUGCCGCCAUCUUGCUAUCACCUGAUCGCCCGUGGUUAACAGAGAGUCAGCAGGUGCAAAAGCUGCAGGAGAAGGUUUAUUUGGCCCUGCAGCACAGCCUGCACAUGGGGGGAGGCGGUCAAGAGAAACUGGACAAGAUGGCGUCCAAGCUGCCGCAGAUGAAGUCGAUCUGUAACCUCCACAUCGACAAGCUGGAGUUUUUCCGGCUGGUUCACCCUGAAACGGCCUACAGCUUCCCUCCUCUCUACAGGGAAGUGUUUGGCAGUGAGAUCAACUUCCCUGACUCCACUGACAGUUAGAGGCGAGGACAGAGAGGUUGGGGGGAAGGGGGGUGGGAGGGUGUUGAUGUGGCAGAAGAGGAAGAGAACCAGAUUCUCUGUUGCAGAGAGAGGAUGUGUGAAAGAUAGGAUGUCAAAAAUGGAGGAAUAUAAAGAAUAGUGGAGGCCUGAGGUGUGAAAACUUUUUAGCGUAAAAAAAGAAAUCGAAACCUGUAAAAACCUCUUAGCAGCCCAGACAAUCUGGUGUUUUUAGUUACGCUUGUGUACAAAGAGCACCACCAAUUAGUACAGGGGCCAACACAGGGUACUCCUCUCUACACACACGACUAACACAUCACAUAUUCCUUUUUAAAAAAAAAAAGACCACCAGUAUGACACAUGAAAGCACUUUCGUCUUAUUUAGGAAUAUUUAUUAAGGCAGAGGUUCAUAAUCCUGUCCUCAGGGAUCCUCUGCCGGUACAGAUGUUUAUUCUGGUCCUUUUCUCAAUGCACUUCUACCAGAAAAUUUUGAUCACCCAGCUCAGGUGCGAUAACAUCUGACAUAAAACUACCUUAAUAAAGUACCCUUCCCCUUUACACUUAACUCUGUGGACUAAUUAUGAAUGUAUGUCCCUAUAACAGCACUUACUAUGCGACCGAAUGUACAUACUGCACUUUGGUUCGCGGAAAUGCUUUACGAAACCCAUGUUGGUUACACGUGACAAUCAAGAAUCUUCUGGAAACCAGUCAGUGCCCAAAAGGACCAACCUCCACGAUCAACACAUUAAUGUGCUAGUAGGGCUGGGCGAUAUGAUGAUGUUGAUAUGAUACCGAUAUCGGUAUCAUGAUGAAUUGUUACAAUACACUUUUCUGAAAUAUCAUGGGUAUCAUCAGUGAAACACUACCUAAAUUUAUUACUGUACAAAACGUUUUAUUUUUUUCGUGUUAAAUUGUAUGUUUUUGUAGUCAUAAAAUCAAAGUGCAACUCGUAUGACUUCAAGGGUUCAAUACUGUUAUGCUAGCAUUAGGGGUGUAGUGAUAUGGUGCAUCGUAGAUUGCAAUACAAGGCUCUCAAUUUGAUUUGUUUGUGUAUCCAAAUUUUGUAGACUAUUCGUCAUAAAAUACCACUUAUAUCACAUGACAGAUGUUACGUCUGAAGAAAUAACUUCCUAUUUAUCUCAAAUCAGGAGAGGCUUACAAAAAACGUUUGUCCUAAGCUAAUGUUUUUCACGCACUAAUACGCUAGUAUACUAGCCAGAGAAAUCCGUUCAGGCAGCUAUAAAUCUACGAUUCGUCCCAAGCUAAAGAAAUCUCCAUGGUAAUUGGGAAGUUCGUAUUCGGUAGUGGAGAACGCAGGAUUCAGAAACACAUCUAGGGCUACAGAGAGCUGCGUGACUCUGAAGGGAGAGCUAGCUAACAGCAGAAUAGGACACUCCCCCUUGCGAGUCAAACCAGUGGAAGCUAGCUACGUUUCAUUUUGGUUACAUUCGAAUCCACAGCUUUUUGUUUUUGUUAUAUGCUGCUACGAGUCUGAAUGAAUCACACAAAUACUGUCAUUAUUACAUUUCAAUUACUGUACUUCUACAACGCUGAAUGUUUUAAUCAACUGAAAAUGAAAACCUAAGCCAUGUAUGCACACCAUGCUCGUUUUUGCUGUAUUGAAAAUGUAUCGCAUCGUGACACCACCGUAUUGUAUCAUAUAAAGUUUGAAUUAUGUGUUUCAUUACACCCCUGGCUAGCCCUUCUAAAUAUCAUGCUAUCUUUUGUCUUCAAUAUGACGUAGUUGCCAAAUCGCCCAACCCUACAAGCUGGCAUAGUUUAUAGUGUGCAAUAAAAAUGUGUCACAAGGUAGUACGUCAGGCAAAGUAGUAAGGCUUGUACAAGCUCACACUUCCUCAGGCAUGAGUGUUCAGACAGUAUUCGGUGCUGCUCUUAAGUUACUUUUGAUUUUAUUAUUUAAAAUGCAAUGAGAAACCUCAGUCCCAGUGUAUCUGUCCUUGUAAAUGCAACUUGAAGAAAGUGUAAAAAUUGUGUUCCUUUUAAUUUAUGCAUUCAUUUAUAGAUAUUUUGCUUAAGGAUGCAUAUAAAUAGAUACACAUGUGUAUAUGAACAGAGAGACACAGAGAGACACGGAGAGGGGAGUAGAAGACAUAGCAGGAGUAAAAGGAAUAGAGAAUAGAGGAAUAGAGGAAGAGCGGGGCCUGGACAUGGGAAUUCCUGUUUGGCCAGGAUCAAUGAACUGGAGAAAGGAACUAGACGGUGCAAACAAGGAGCUUUCUCUUUGAAAAACGCUACAGCUGUAAUCGGAUAUUCCACUUUCCUGAGUAUUUUGGGCACCACUUGUUGUGAACUGCUCUGUAAUAUUCGACAGAAUGGACGCUCAUUGUGAGCCCACAUGAUGACACUCCAGAAUAUGCAUAUUUUUGGCCCAAUGGCGAAGAAGGACAUGUUCAGGGACAUGCAGGACAUUCAAGCACCCUUUCUCAUGGCUGAUAGUCUAACAAGCAUCUGAAUGACUGACAUGCUGUUUGGACUGUUCUGAGAGCAGAUGCAUGGACUACCAUUGGUGAAAAGAUGACUGUCAUUAUGUGACACACACAUAUGCACACACAUACAGGGUCAGGCUGAAGUCAGGACAUGUUCAGGUUUGUUCGCUGUAUUAUUUUGUAAAUUGUGGCUAUCUUUUACCUGUUUCAGUGUCCCACUUCCUGUUUCUCCACACCUCUCUUCCUACUCACACACUUCAGCAUGCUGAAAGGAAACUUAGCAUUCCCCUGAGUAAGGGCUUAGUGUAGUCUUUACCAUCGAACACUCUGAUACACUCUGAUAAUUCUCGGAUACUACUCAGAUGUUUUUCCAAUAUUGUUAUGUUCAAACUUCUUGAAAAUCCAGUGUAAUCUGCAAGCACCCCUCGCUGCGGAACCAUAAGUCCAGGUGGAUAAGGCUGGAUACGUGUGUUUGUUGUUCUAUGCUGUACAGCAUCUUAGGGGUUAGGGUUAAUCUUACAGGAGGAGUUGGAUCAGGUCCAGCUCCACCCCUAGACUUUUGGUUCUGCAACGAGGACUAUCUCAAAUUCUGAGCAGCCUGAAGCAUUCAAGAAGUCUUUACCUACUGAGAAAUGAAUACGUCAUUAGCACUAAUAGGAGGGUUUGCACAGUAUGGAUGGCGUUAAGCUGCGUUGUGAAUGAUGUAUAAUUAUUUUGGUUUUAGGUGCAUGCUAUGUCAUCAUUUUUGAACGUUCAUGUACAUCACAAGCAGACUAAUCUCUCUGUGUGCUUAGUUUGUUCUGGUUAUUGGUUGUAAGAGGAAAAAAACCUUUUUGUUUUCCAUACACUUGUUACAAAAAUGAGCAUUUUAUAUAAAUCACUCAGGGAGCUAGCUGGUCUCUGUUCUACCAGUCUCCUAGCUUUGCCAACCAGACACAAAACACACACACCAACACACAUACACAUAUGCACACAUAUAAAGGCACCCCACUUUUUGCACCGAACAAGAGACCCGUAUCCUCAAUCACUGUGUCCUGUAGCUAUAUAUAUUAUACAGUAUAUAUUUUUGUGAAUGUCAAGCACAAAGUGUCAAAGACCUUUCCUCUUUCUUCUAAUGUUAAACUAUAAGAUUUUUGAGUCUGAAUUAUAUUAGGUAUAGUCUAUGAACUAGUUAAAAAAAUAAAGAUAAAAACUGAAUCGUAUUCAUUGAUGUAUGUUGUUUUUAUGUGAGCUAGUCUGGUUGGACUGUAGCUGUUUUGUCCAUUUAUAAUUGCGUGUCCACCAGACCUGUCCUGUUUGGUUUACCUGUCAUGGUCUGUUUUAACACAAUAGAAAUGCCUAAAAAAUGUUUUUUUCCUUUCACAUCUGUUGGAUAUUUUAUAACAAAAUGUUAGAAUCUCAUAACAGUUCAUCUCAUUGUUACACCAUGUAAAAAAAUGUGCUUUAAGGAAUGUAAUAAAGUGGGUUUUUUCUACUAUUAAAGAGUUUUUGGUUUAUGAAAAGAAAAAUUGGUCAGUUAAUAAUACUGAAAUAUA